UUUUAAGAGAAGAUUGGUUGUUAAGUGCCAGGAGAAUCGUGUUCAAAGCUGUACAACAAGGGGCCAAUGGAGGGCUCAGAGGGUGACAGGCAAAGGCACUUGGAGGCAGCUAGCAAAGAGCUUGCCGCAUGGCUGGACGCCAUUCCUCUGAGCGGCAUAGCCGACCUGAAGAAACGUCUAGAUGAAGUUGACAAGGAUUGCAAGGAGGGGCUGCCAGCCAAUCUUGCUGCGGCCAUGGAGAGCGGAGAGGCAAGAGAGGAGGUGGAGGCUGCGCUUGGUGUGAAUCGGCUCAACGUUCUAGGCAGGCCCCAAUUCGCAAGUGCCGGAAGGGGCCGUCUCGUUGGACAAAAGGCAGAUCAGCGACAGUUGGCGGCAAUCCGUGCACGAGGCACUUUCGAAAAUGGCGACGACAGCGACAAGAACACGAAGCCUGACGUCUGGCGCGUAAGCCGCCUCCUCCAAACGGGGUCCGAGGUGCGCACCCGGUGGUAUUACACGCUGCUCGUCGCGGUGCUCGAUCAGAUUUGGGUGCAACCAAGGCGCCGAAUCGCAGACAGGCAUGGGAUCAGUUUGGCAGCCGGGCUGCGAAACACGUGGGCUGGAUUGAGAGGCAUAGCUAACGGCCUGGUUGGUCUCAAGAUUGAGAUCUUUGACAGCGCUGCCGCCGUUCAAGACAUCCGAAUCGACCGGAAGACUUUCUGCGUGGAAGAAGGAGGGCCUUCCCUUCAUCCGCGACUCUUCGACGACGAAAGUCGUGCCUUUCUGGCCAAGGAGUGGAGCCGCAUCGCGAGCGCUCGCGCGUCCGCAUGGGCGAUCCGCGAGGAGAGCCGCUUUGUCGAGGAAGCUAUUGAUCGAGUGAGAAGCAAGUACUCUCAGGAAGGAACCUCCGAGGCGGACAUCGCCGCUGAGGUGCGCGCUCUAAGCCGCGCAGAGGAAGCGCGUCGGCUCGCAGCCGCGGUGACCGACGACCAGGUCAUCGAGGAACACAGCCCGGGGCUUGGGCCAAUCCUGGCGCGACACGUGGAAGCAGCAUGGGCGCUGAGUGCACAGAUUCACGACCUGCAGAACGAACAAGAGCAAGUACGGGCCAGGCAUCUGGACAAACUUCAAACAAAACACCCGGUGCUGGUAAACAUCGAGCAUUGGAAGGAGGCCCAGCUGCAGGGCGCACAGAAGAAGUGGCGAAAGGAGCUGCAAUGGCGUCCUCUGGAAGAAGCUGAGCAGACAGUCGGUGCCACUGGAGAGGCGGAAGCGCGGCUCGCGGCCGCCGACGUGACCUGGCACCAACAGAAGCUGCGCGCGCUCAAAGCGGACGCGCGCGCGAGCCGCAAGUACCGCGCCCCCCGCCACCGCGCCACGGCCUUUGUGCGCAUCUGGAACCCGCAAAACUUCUGGGUCGAUCUUCACAGAAAUGGCACUGCACAAUCAAUGAGCUGGCGCGCUCACGAGCGGCCACGUCACCCUGGUACCGGUACGGACCUCGAGGCACAAAACGGCCACCCUGGUCGCUAUGUUAACUACAGCAUGAGGAAGUAUGAUGUGCUGGCGACGGCGACCGGGGCGCCGUUGUGGCGCUUCCAGCUGAUGGGCCACCGGGCGCUGCACAACUUCAAAAACGGCGUGUACCUCUUCGGUUCCAUCCUAUGGAAGGGUCCCCUGGGCCUCCGUUCUUUUAUUUCCCUGCGCCCCUUCCAACUAUACGAGUGGGAUGUGCGCUCUGAUAACGGGACGGUGUACCAAAGAAGUACUGGAGCGCGUUCCACAUUCAUCUCCAGGUUGUGCACACUGUGGAGCCACGUGUUCGCCUCUCGCGAGCGCUUCGAGUCGGAGCCAUCGCGGGGCCUCAUCGGCAAGAGUCUCGCACGCCCCUUCAACCUAGUUUGGAACUACCUCGCCAAAGGGGCGCUCGGCACCGCCCUCCUCUGCGCCUUCAUACCCGUGGCAACUCUGCUAACCGUCGCGGGUUCAGCCGCGGUUGUCGUAACCGCCCCCGUUUGGGCGCCCGGUUUGGCGCUCGGACAGUACUUCUGGGACUUUCUCCUUUGGGACGGGAUGACCGGGGAACUCCUACCGGUCCCUAAAGCUGUUCUGUGGAACAUCGCCCUGAACGGCGUCGUGAAUGUUGCCGCUUCUCUAGUUGGCACGGUUCUUCAUCCGGGAGAUGGAGUGGGGAUGUACUUGGGCGGGGCGCUUGGGCUGGCUGUAGUAGCGGCCUGGGAUUGGCUCAUGUUCUGGGGGCUGCUGAGGUGGCACGCGCGCAUUCCGGCCUCGGACACGUUCCUGUGCCGGCGGAUCGGUGGGGCGGACAUCGAAGGAAUCGAGAAGUACUUUGUGCAGGUCGCCCCGGCCGCGGUGCUUCUGGCGCUUCGCCUCAACCUGCAAAAGCUUCUGCUCGAAGCACACCUGGCUUCUCUAACGUGGGACGCAAACGCGCCGGUUCGGGAGGCGACAAAGCUCAAGGUGUUUUUGGAAACUUUGGGCAUCAGCGCGUCCCUUCCGAACGGAUUCGGUCCUGAGCGGAACGCUUCCAAGCUGAGCGGAAUCUUCCAGCGCGCACAGCAGCUACAAGACGACAUCCGGCGCGAAAUUGACGUGCGGUUCCGCGCACUGGGGGCGGACAGCGGAAGCCAUUACGGAAUGUCGUCCAUGGUUCGCUUGUCCCGCGGCGACCUGGAACGCACGCUGCCAGUCGCCGAGGACAUCGUGCGGCGCUUCAUACUGGAGCAGCUCCUUCCGGUCAAGAGCAGGACCGGAAGCGGAAACAACGAUGUAGCGGCGGCAUUCUGGAGGGAUCGUGGGCACAUUGAGAACGACUGGAGAGGCCUCACGCGCCAGCUUUUAGCCGGGGCCGUCUCUGACGGAGUGCUGACGCCACUCGAGGACGACGCUCGGGGAAUCACCUUACAGGUGGAGCACGUGACGCCCAAGGAGUACGUCCGCAUGCUGGUCAACGAUUCCGUACACGACGACCUGGAAGUCGCCCACGUGGUAGAGCCGCCGAGCAAGACGGCCGGCGCGGCCGCGCUGCGCUGGCGCGACGCAUACAGCGGCCGCGGCCUAACUUGCGGACUUCGGCCGGGGGCCUUUACCGAGGGCUCGGUUCAAGUCUGGCCGGUUGACGAGAUGGACAGACUCCUAGACGAUCUGGCCGGCUUUACCCCAGCCGGUUGCAUCCUGUCCUUAUAAAGAGCCGAGUCGACUGGUGUAUUGUUUUUACGGUAUACUUUGUUGCCAACAAACGUCUUUGAGUUUAGUGUAUUCUAUCUUAGGACAUGGAAUUAUAUGGCUAACAUGUGCAAACGGACGUGCUUCGGUCGGAGCCUUGUUUUCCGGACUUGACGGCGCUUCUGAAUUUGGAGACUGAAAUCAGAUGCACACAACUUCGUUCCCAAGCAUUAUCAUCAGCAUGUGAUCAGCUUCGCAGACGAGAUCAGAGUCGUCGUGCAUCGAAAGGAUUUUAACGAGAUUGGGAGUUGAUAUGUUUUGCUAUGUAGUCAGAAGGUAUUGGGCUUCCAUUGAACAGACAUGCAUUGAAGUCCUUCUGUAAUCAGUAUUAUGCUACAGCCUAAAGUCAUGUUUAGAAAACUUUUAGAAACCUCCUUCAGAAGUCUUAUUGUUGAACAGUAAACCAGUUCGAGUUUGUCCAGC